CUGAACGCACUCGGGCCGAGAGGAGCGACCGGGCCGCGCUGCGCCGCCCAGCCCAGGCCGCGGCCAUGAGUGAGGCAGAAGUGAAUCCCAAAGCUUACCCCCUGGCUGAUGCACAGCUCACCAAAACGCUACUGGAUCUCGUGCAGCAAUCCUGCAACUAUAAGCAGCUACGCAAGGGAGCCAAUGAAGCCACCAAAACACUGAACCGAGGGAUAGCGGAAUUCAUUGUGAUGGCGGCAGAUGCAGAGCCCCUGGAGAUCAUCCUGCACCUCCCUCUUCUCUGUGAGGACAAGAACGUACCUUACGUGUUUGUGCGCUCCAAGCAAGCCCUGGGCCGGGCAUGUGGUGUCUCCCGGCCUGUCAUCGCCUGCUCCAUCACCAUCAAGGAGGGAUCACAGCUAAAGCCUCAGAUCCAGUCUGUCCAGCAAGCUAUAGAAAGACUGUUGGUCUAAAUGCCCAUGAGUUUAAGUGUGUGUGGAAUAGGAAAGUUGAAGUCGGGGGAAUUAAUGUCUAGCUUCAGUUGAGAUUAUAGUUUUGAUAUCAGUGUUUCAUUUCAAAACACAUUUUUGUUUAAUAAUGGCUUAAUUCUUAGUGUUUCGGCCUCUCCUUCCUCCUCUUUUGUUAUUCCACUCCAAGACAUUCUCAUUGUAUUACUUCUUGAAAAGUGAUUGUACAACUGUAUUUCCUGUUUGAUGUUUAAAAGGAAAAAAAAAAAAAAAGCCCCCUUAUCUCCAUGGUUGCCUGCUCAGGGCUUUUUUAACCCACGCAGGAGCUUCCUCUGCAUUGUAGUACUUCUGCUAAGCUUCAGCGUCUAACAGGUGUGAGUAACUCUGUGUUUCUGAAUGGUUUAGUCUACUGAGGGAGGGUAAGGCGUGUCAGUUCCCUGCACAGUGUGUGCAUGCAGACUGCUGGAGUUGUUGCUUUAAGUGACAGAGGGGUGUAGACCAUGUAUGAGGCAGGCAGCAGCUACUGUGUAGCAGCGGAGGGAGCCAAGAUCAGUACACAUAGCGCAACCCUUUUUCUUCUUGAAACCAAACGAGACUUCUGUAAGAGGUGUACGGGGAGCAGAAAUCUUAUGGCAGUGCACAAGGGGAAAUCUCUUAUCUUGCUUGUUUUUAAAUACUGACUUUUUAAGAAAAAUAAAAUUGCUGACAAAGCUAAAUAUCAUUCUCAUUCCCGCAGGGAAGCAUUUGCAACUAACUGAAGUGUUCCUACUUGUAAAGCUAAACUGCUCAGAGAUUGCCUAAAGGCUAUUGCAGUGCAGUAGUUCAUACUCCUUUGGUUUUCUUUGCGUGGACUGUAUCAAUGAGCUUGGGCUUCCUAGGGUAUUUAAGUACAAAACACAGAGUAGAGAGCAGCCUGCUGUGGCUGAGAAGUGCUCUACAUCUGGCCAAUAAUUAUAAAAAGUAUCUCAUGCUUUUAGGGAAGCUGCUGUACUGUAGUCGCCUGACUGAAGAUGAACCCUUUGAAGUCAUGGCCAAGACAACAGAGCAAGUUAUUUUUCAGAUAAAUCAACCUGUGUCUCAAGAAGAGAAUGCUAGAUAAUCUCAUGCUCUGGAAGAGCGUGAAGCACCACCAGCAUUCUGGAUUAGUGGUGGUUUUAUGGAGCUAGCUUUAGUUAAAUGCAUAUUGUAUAAUAAAUCCACUUACUGCUCUGAGCAGAAGAGUCUAAACCUCUGUGUUGGAAUGGGUCAUAUCAAACCUGUCUUCUAUUGCAGGAUGCCAAAGCAAAGCUAGCGUGGAAAGACCAAUAGGCACAAUAGCAGAAGGGAAAAUAAGUUCUCCUGUAAUGUUUCCACAGAGGCACUAACUUCAUACCUUUAGUAAGUACAUCCGAAGCAGAUGAAAUCAGCUCGUGAAAGACUGAAGACAAAUCAUGUCGGUAUAUUUUUGUAAAUGGCUGAUAACAGCAAUAUCCUUGCUGAGGUGAACUUAAUACAAAGAUUUUGAGUCCAUUUCAUUAGAAAGGCUGCUGUUCCUUUCUACUGAUGCUGACUGUUGAGCUAGUUGUGUUUAAAACAACGACUUUUGCAAAGGAUUUGCCCUAUUGUACCGUGCCCAGACAGCUGAUGUAAGACAAAGCACAUAAGGAGCAGAAAUAAAGGAUUUUUGAGCAA